AUGGCUUCGGCAGACAGCGAAGUGAAAACCCUCCUCAACUUCGUCAACUUGGCCUCGAGCGACAUCAAGGCCGCCCUGGACAAGUCGGCCCCCUGCCGCCGCUCCGUAGACCACAGGAAGUACCUGCAGAAGCAGCUCAAGCGCUUUUCCCAGAAAUAUUCCCGCUUGCCCCGCUGCCAUCACCACCACCACCACCACCACCACCUGCAGCCGCAGUUGCCUCCCGCUCGGGAGCGGAGACCGCCUGAAGGGAGGGCACGAGGCCUGAGCCCAGAGAGUUCGCUAGGCCGAGGCCACGGGGCCCCCGGGCCGGCCAAGGGCGACAAGGCCUCCAAAGCCCCAGAGCGCCUCGGCGGUGAGCAGCAGCAGCAGCAGCAGCAGCAGGCGGGGACUUCGGAAGCAGGCGCCAGGCCCGACCAAGUACCCAUGAGGAAAAGGCAACUGCCCGCUUCUUUUUGGGAAGAACCCCGGCCUGCUCCGGGCUCCCCCGGUGUUGUCAGUGGCGUGAUCUUUCCAGUGGGAGUUUGCUCAUCGCCCUCUUCUUCCUCGUCACCCUCGUCAUCUUCCAAAGACCUGCCUCCUUACGAGGGAAAGAAAAAUAUAAUAGGCCUCGACGGCGGCGGCACCGGUACGGUUCCCGAGAGCCCCCAGCGCAGACCAGAGGCCGAGGACGCCCUCAAGGGACUCAGGACCUGGGGCUGCUGUCCAUUUCAGUACCACGGGCCACAGGCCUCCCCCGGCGUCUACCCGCCCCCGCUGCCUGCCGCCCUGCCCCCCGCGGCCCCCUUCUCGGCUUUGGGUUCGUGGCGGAAAGAUGCUCCUUCCCCGACGGAGGGAGAGGCCUUCUGCCAGCCAGGGCAGAAAGUGUAUCGGCCUGUAGUGUGGAAGCCCAUCCCCACCAAGCCCGCCGCGCCGCCCCUCAUCUUUAGCGUCUUCAGUUAUCUUUAG